UCCCGGAACAGUUAGAUGGCUCUAAGCCUCACCGGUGGCCACGUUGGGCUCAAUUUCCUGGUGUAAAUCUCACUGCUACCCACACCCGCUCCACCCCCUCCAGAGGAUUUGUCUGGCACCGCAGUGGGAUCGUUGCAUCAUUGGAAGCAAAGAAAAAAAUAAAACAAUUUUGCAUUGCUCUUCUUCUGAUAUGCCCCCCUGACGUCAUAGCCUUGCGGAAGACAAGGUUGGGGACUCUAAGGACUUUAUGGAGCCCAGAGGGACCAAGAGAAGAACAGAAAAGUUAGAGAUAACUGAACCUCGGAACAAACUUGCCUAUUCCACAUCCUCACUACCCACAGAGCCUGCACUCUACUCUGGACCCUUUCCUUUCUACCGGCGCCCUUCUGAACUAGGCUGCUUCUCUCUGGAUGCACAACGCCAAUACCAUGGAGAUGCCCGAGCCCUCCGCUACUACAGCCCACCCCCCACCAAUGGUCCAGGCCCUGAAUUUGACCUGAGAGAUGGAUACCCUGAUCGAUAUCUGCCCCGGGAUGAGGAGGUCCGAGAGGGGCUGGACCACUUGCUACGCUGGCUCCUGGAACACCGAGGCCAGCUGGAGGGAGGUCCAGGCUGGCUGGCAGGGGCCAUAGUGACAUGGCGGGGACACUUGACAAAGUUGCUGACAACACCAUAUGAGCGGCAGGAAGGCUGGCAGUUGGCAGCCUCCAGGUUCCAGGGGACACUGUACCUGAGUGAAGUGGAGACCCCAGCUGCUCGAGCUCAGAGGCUUGCUCGGCCACCCCUUCUCCGAGAGCUUAUGUACAUGGGGUACAAGUUUGAGCAGUAUAUGUGUGCAGACAAACCGGGAGGCUCCCCAGACCCCUCUGGGGAGGUUAACACCAACGUCGCCUUCUGCUCUGUGCUACGCGGCCGCCUGGGAAACCACCCUCUGCUCUUUUCCGGGGAGGUAGACUGCACAGACCCCCAGGCCCCAUCUACACAGCCCCCCACCUGUUAUGUGGAGCUCAAGACCUCCAAGGAGAUGUACAGCCCUGGACAGUGGAGGAGCUUCUACAGACACAAGCUUCUGAAAUGGUGGGCUCAGUCAUUCCUCCCAGGAGUCCCAAAAGUUGUUGCUGGCUUCCGUAACCCAGAGGGUUUCGUCUGUUCUCUCAAGACAUUUCCUACCAUGGAGAUGUUUGAACAUGUCAGGAAUGACCGUGAUGGCUGGAAUCCCUCUGUGUGCAUGAACUUCUGUGCUGCCUUCCUUAGCUUUGCCCAGAGCACAGUUGUCCAGGAUGACUCCAGGCUUGUCCACCUCUUCUCCUGGGAGCCUGGUGGCCCAGUCACAGUGUCUGUACAUCGGGAUGCACCCUAUGCCUUCCUGCCUAUGUGGUAUGUGGAAGCUAUGACACAGGACCUCCCAUCAGUUCCCAAGACACCCUCCCCGACAGAGUAAGACUUCAAGGGGCCAAUUCAUCUGCAGAAAUAAUAAAGGUUUUCUAAG